AUGAUUACUAUGGGGGCCACUACUUCAUCGCUAAACAAUGAUUCAGACGGUGGUAGCGAGCGAUGCACGGGUGAGCCCAAACAGGUGAUCAAAGUGAGUGCUGAUCGCCGGUUGGAACUGGAUUUAGAAGCAUUGGAGGGCAUACUAUUGCGCGACUCGAUCCGUGACAAACCCGUUGUGGUGGUCAGUAUUGCCGGUGAUUUUCGUAAAGGCAAGUCCUUUAUGCUGAACUUUUUCCUGCGAUACCUGCAGUCCGGUAGCGGCACAACCGACGACUGGCUCGGCUCGACUGACACACCACUGGAGGGGUUCUCGUGGAGAGGCGGCAGACAACUGGUCACUACAGGUAUAUUGAUGUGGUCGGAGCCGUUUGUUGUCAAACUGGCCGACGGCCAGGAGGUGGCCAUCGUUUUGAUGGACACUCAGGGAGCGUAUGACUCGGAGUACACUGUAAGGCACUCGGCCAUUGUGUUCGCGCUAUCAACUAUGGUUUCGUCUAUACAGGUGUUCAAUCUGAUGCACAAUCUCCAAGAGAAUGACCUCCAGGUGCUAGAAUUGUUCACAGAUUUUGGCCGACUGGCCCUCACGACUACUGACAAGAUACCCUUCCAGAAGCUAAUGUUUCUCAUACGGGACUGGAGUUUCCCAUACGAACACCCGUACGGUCUGACCGGCGGUCAGCAAUUUUUGAAUGAAAAGUUGAUAAUCAAGGAGAAUCAUGCUGAAGAAUUAAAGCAAAUUCGCCGCCACAUCAAAUCAUGUUUUAGCGAUAUUGGCUGCUAUUUGAUGCCACAUCCGGGCCUAAAAGUAGCCACUAAUGAUGGUUUCGACGGCCGAUUGGCCGAUAUAGACGCCGCGUUCGUCGACAAUAUUAAGACGUUUGUGCCGUUGAUAUUAGACCCGAACAAAAAUAAUGUUAUCGUGAAAGAAAUCGGCGGCCGUCCAAUCACUGGCAAACAACUUGUUGAUUGUUUCAAAAUGUAUUUCGAUGAUUUAACAAGUAGUGUUACUGUCAAAUGCCCUCUAGAUCAGGAGCACGCAAAAUCACGAAAA